AUGGCAUUUCGUCUCCCUGACCAGACGCCGCAGAGACUACGCCCGUACCCCGGCUCUGGUCGUGCUUCGACGUCACCGCCAAAUCUACCCCAGCCACACGCCAGAGCAGACGAGGAGGACUCGCAGGAAUGGGUGCUCUUCUCACCCGUAGAGGCACGGUCUACGGCUACCCACAGCCAUACUGCUUCGACUGAACGGACGCCUCGCUUGAGUGAUUUUGAGUCCUUGGAGACCGCUGCCCAGUCGUCGGGUCCGCUUGAUAGCGAGCGACAUGACGGGGAUAUAGUAGAUCAGGACGGGCAGGCUCAGGAUGGAGGCCUGCCGGAGGAUGAUGUCACGGAGCUGGAUAGUCUAGAUGACGGACUCCAGGCGUUUCGAGACCCACAGCUAGACCAGAGCGGAGGUCCGGCGAUGCUACCUACCCAUGAUGGGCUGGGGACGUUUUCACCCUCUGGGGCAAACGUGCAGGAGCAGUUGUGGCAGCAUGAGCAGUUCAAUCCCAGGAGGAUUGGCGAAGCAAGACAGAGACGUACCUCAAGCAUGCAGAGGCAUCUGGAUUCUGCCAAUGAUUCUCACCCCAUGGGUAUUGGGAUGGAUCGGGAGAGGUGGCAGAGGAUCGAGCAGUGGCGCAUGGAACAGAGUAAAGUGCUGCUACAGGAGAUUGAAAAGGAGACCAGACGACGCAGGCAGAGGAAGCAAAGGGCGCAGAGCAAGGGUUCUGAUGCAACAACACACCCACUUCGAUCUAUAGCAUCGGAUGAUACCAAUACUACCUCAAAGACCGAUGCAUCACUUACCGCUAGUCAGGCAGCUGAUGCAACAACUCCUAAUGAUGCAACUGACUCAGAUGAAUCGUUCUGGCAACGAAUUACUCGCAGAGUGAUCAAUGGUCUCAUUGGAAUCGACGACUCUCUUCUUGCUGUAAUUUUCGGUGAAGCACUAAUUUCUGACUUGACUGAUGAUGAUAUCAACAGCGGCACUUCGCCUCAAAACCAUCCGGAUAGCUCGCUCACUGGAAACAGAUACCGACGCAGCACAUCUUUGACAAGGGAUGGCUCUAUUGUUAUGGAUGAAUCUAUUACUAACGAUAUGAAUAUGAACUCGUCCACAAGAAACGACUGGUGGGAGGAACGUCUGCUUGAACGGAUUGCUCGAGAACUUGGUAUUCUCGUCAAUCAAAUCUAUGAACAUCCCGGGGCAUUCACUGCAUAUAUGCGAACCAACGUUGAUCCAUCCACUGAAUAUGCUGGCAUGCCCAUAUCACAGCCUACAGCAACUCCAACGGUGUCAGCCGUUACCUCGCGGCGUGAAUCACACAGCAGCCAUGACAACACUACUUCCAUACUAUCCCCUACUUUCCUCCCAACAUUACAAGACGCAGCUACAUCCAGACACGCAGCUCACUGGGGCAUCGAAGAAGAUGCACCUACCCAUGGAGGCACUGGAACCGGCCAUGACCUCUCAGAAUCUGAACGCCGCGAACGUGACCGUGAGUACUGGGAACGAGAACUGAACAUCAAAAUGGUGUUCCGAUACCUUCGUAAUCGUUUCGUUACAACAGCGACUGGAGACGCCAGUGGAACCAACAACAGCACCAGCACUAGCACCGCCGAGCUUACCCCUGCACAGCAUAGAACCCAACGACAACGCCAACAUGACCCCAUCCGUGCAGCGAUUAUCCGCCAGCAUCACCCGCUAGUUGCUCGUGCAGAAGCAAACUCGCGUUUCCGCCAACAGCCAGCACGUAUCUAUCGUCAUCACCACCACCAUGUACGUGGUACCGCCAGUCCGAGCUGUGCAAGCCAGAGCCAAAGUACUCGCAAGUCCGUGUCAACUAAACGAACCGGCUCUAGCAGGCAUUACUGGGACAUUGGCGGGAGUGCUGGCAGCAGCAGUGCUCCGUUAGCUGUAGGCGGCGGCAUGGGUAGCUGGGGAGACAUCUAG